AUUGUACCCUUGUAUUAUUGUGAGAGCAUUUUUCACAUUGCAGAGAUACCACUCAAUUCAGAAUUCAGGUGGCUAAGCAUAAACCUUCAAAAGCUGGUAUUCUUCAAGUUCGCGUAGGGGGAAAAAGCUAUAUUGAAGUUUAAUCUGCGAUCUUUUAUUGGGUUUUACGGAUCAUCUUCUCCCUCGUCAAUGGCGCCGCUCCGCUCAAUUCUUCUUCUUUUGGUGUUUGCAUCUUCUUUCUUGAUCUGUUUCACAGAAAGCAGCCGGAAGAAAUUUAGUGGUAAGCAGUCUGAUCAGGAAACUGUCAUAAAAUUGGGGCACUCUGUUGAUUCCAACAGAAUUGACCCAUCACGGGUUGUCCAACUCUCUUGGCAACCAAGGGUUUUCUUAUAUGAAGGUUUUCUAUCAGUUGAGGAGUGCGACCACCUUAUUUCAUUGGUGCAUGGGAGGAAAAAAGAAGAUUUGGGCAACAAUGGCAAUUCAGAACAUGUUGUCACGAACAGGCUGCUUAUGAGUUCAAAAAUGCAUUUAAACAUAGAAGAUGAUGUAGUUUCAAGGAUUGAGGAUAGAAUUUCAGCAUGGACUUUCCUUCCCAAAGAGAACAGCAGGCCUUUACAGGUUAUGCAUUAUGGACUUGAAAAGGUUGAUCGGAACUACAAUUUUUUUGGAAACAGAGACUUGUUGGGAUUAACCGAGCCUUUGAUGGCAAUAAUUGUUUUGUACCUCUCAAAUGUAACUCAGGGUGGUGAGAUUCUCUUCCCCGAGUCGAAGCUAAAGAGUAGGAUUCGGUCCGAUUGUACGGGUAGUAGUAUCCCGAGACCCAUAAAAGGGAAUGCUAUUCUGUUUUUCACUCUGCACCCAAAUGCAUCUCCUGACAAGAGUAGCUUCCAUGCUAGAUGCCCUGUCCUUGAGGGGGAAAUGUGGCAUGCCACCAAGUUCUUUCACAUAAGAUCCAUUAGUGGGGAAAAAGUCUCACCUGAAUCAGAUGGCUCAGAUGACACCGGAUGCAUUGAUGAAGAUGAAAAUUGUCCCAGGUGGGCAGCCAUCGGGGAAUGUCAAAGAAACCCUGUAUUCAUGAUUGGUUCUCCUGAUUACUAUGGUACGUGUAGGAAGAGUUGUAAUGCAUGCUGACGAGCAAUCUCCUCUCUCCAACACCCUAUUCUGUCAAUUUUGGAGCUAAUGGUGCAUUCUACAUUCGCCUCUUGAGCCAAAAAUAAUCUUUAUAAGACCAUUGGUAAUUGAGAAAUUAGUUAGCAACACUGAGGAUAUUGUAGAAAAACCAUCUUCUGUGAGUAUUUCAGUUGCUACUUUGGUGUUAGUACAUUUCUAUUGGUCUCUGGA